AUGGCCGACUCAGCUCCUGCCCCUGCGCCCCCCACCGAGGAGGUUGCCAACCUCCAUCUCGACGAAGUGACGGGCGAGAAGGUCUCCAAGACGGAGCUCAAGAAGCGUCAGAAGCAGCGCCAGAAGGAGGCCGAGAAGGCCAAAAAGGCUGCUGCUGCUCCCCCCAAGGCGUCGUCCGGCAAGCCCAAGAACGCCGCCGGUCAGGAGGAGGCCGACCUCAAUCCCAACCAGUACUAUGAGAUCCGGACGCGCCACGUCAAUGAGCUCCUCAAGAACCCCGAGACGAACCCUUACCCCCACAAGUUCCAGGUCACCUAUGACGACUACAAGUUCCACGACGAGUUCAAGCACCUCAAGUCUGGCGAGGACGACAAGAACACCGAGAUUCGCAUCGCUGCCCGCAUCUACAACAAGCGUGCUAGCGGUUCCAAGCUCAUCUUCUACGAUGUUCGCACCUCUGCCGAUACCAAGAGCAUCGGCACCCAGAUCCAAAUUGUGUGCCAGGCCCAGCUCGUCGCCGAGGGAGCCCCUUCGUUUGAGCAGCAACACGAGAACAUCCGCCGUGGUGAUGUGAUUGGUAUCAUUGGUUAUGCUGGCCGUACCAACCCCAAGAACAGGCUCGCCGAAGGCAAGGAGGGCGAGCUGUCCAUCUUUGCGACCGAGAUCAAGCUUCUCAGCCCUUGCUUGCACAUGCUUCCCAGCGUGCGCUUCCCCUUCGCCGACGCUGAGCAGCGCGCGCGUAUGAGAUAUCUCGAUAUGCUGUGGAACGACAGGAGCCGUGAGACCCUCUGGCAGCGCAGCCGGAUGGUCAGGUAUAUCCGUGACUUCUUCCAUGAGCGUCGCUUCAUCGAGGUUGAGACGCCCAUGAUGCACGCCAUUGCUGGCGGUGCUACCGCUCUGCCAUUCAUCACUCAUCACAACGAUCUCGAUAUCGACAUGUACAUGAGAGUCGCCCCUGAGCUGUUCCUCAAGAAGAUGAUUGUCGGUCAGUUUGGCAAGGUCUUCGAGAUGGGCAAGAACUUCCGCAACGAGGGCGUCGAUCUCACACACAACCCCGAGUUCACCUCGAUUGAGUUCUACUGGGCGUACGCCGAUAUGUACGACCUCAUGAACAUCACCGAGGAGCUUGUUUCCUCUCUCGUCAAGCACCUUACCGGCGGUUACGUCACCAAGUUCACCAACCAGCACGGCGAGGAGUACACGGUCAACUGGGAGGCCCCAUGGCGCAGGGUCGAGAUGAUUCCGGCCCUCGAGGAAGCCACCGGCGAGAAGUUCCCUCCCAGCGAGGAGCUCCACACCGACGAGACGAACGCGUUCCUCCAGAGAGUGUGCAAGAAGAUGGGUGUUGAGUGCCCACCACCUCUCACCAACGCUCGCAUGAUUGACAAGCUCACGGGCGAGUUCAUCGAGGAGACCUGCGUCAACCCCACCUUCAUCUUGGAGCACCCCCAGAUGAUGAGCCCUCUUGCCAAGUACCAUCGUUCCAAGAAGGGUCUCUGCGAGCGUUUUGAGGCUUUCGUGUGCAAGAAGGAGAUUGCCAACGCCUACACCGAGUUGAACAACCCCUUCGACCAAAGACUUCGCUUCGAGGAGCAAGCUCGCCAGAAGGACCAGGGUGAUGACGAGGCUCAACUUGUUGAUGAGUCCUUCUUGAACGCCCUCGAGUAUGGUCUUCCCCCAACCGGUGGCUGGGGUCUCGGUAUCGACCGUCUUGCCAUGUUCUUGACCAACAACUACUCUAUUCGCGAGGUGUUGGCCUUCCCCUUCUUGCGUGAGGAGAAGAACGGUCCCAAGCAGCCUUUUGCGGCUGAGCUCGCAAAUGUCGAGCCCAUGCCCGAGGAGGGCAUCCCCCACAAAUAA